GCAGUGGGGUGAGUCCCUGAGUUUGGGGUGGUGUGUGACUGACUAUAUUUAGGGGAAAGGAAAACAGCCUGGACAGAGGGAGGGAUGCCCGCUGCCGCAGCCCCCUCCCUGUCCUCACCCUCAACCUUGGGAAAGAGGGUACGUCAGCCCCCCACCAACCCGGGCCUGCUGGAGGUCAGGCUGGGAGCAGACUCUUCAGAGCCAACUCUGGGGCCUGAGAAGCUGGAGCAGCAUGUCGUGGUUUAGCGGCCUCCUGGUCCCCAAAGUGGAUGAACGGAAGACAGCCUGGGGUGAACGCAAUGGGCAGAAGCGGUCGCGCCGUGGGACUCGGGCCAGUGGCUUCUGCACACCCCGCUACAUGAGCUGCCUCCAGGACACGGAGCCGCCCAGCCCCACCCCUGCGGCUCCCUCUCGGUGCCCCUGGCAGGAUGAGGCCUUUAUCCGGAAGGGUGGCCUAGGCAAGGGUAUGGAGCUGGGUCGGCGGGCAGUAGCCCUGGGCUUCGAGGACACUGAGGUGACAGCAGCUAUCGGGACAGCUGAGGUGGCACCUGAUAUAUCACCCAGGAUUGGGCGAUCCUGCUGGCGUCGUCUGGCACAGGUGUUCCAGUCGAAGCAGUUCCGCUCGGCCAAGCUGGAGCGCCUGUACCAGCGGUACUUCUUUCAGAUGAACCAGAGCAGCCUGACGCUGCUGAUGGCGGUGCUGGUUCUGCUCACGGUGGUGCUGCUGGCCUUCCAUGCUGCGCCCUCCCGCCCUCAGCCUGCCUAUGUGGCCCUGCUGUCCUGCGCUGCCACCCUCUUUGUGGCACUCAUGGUGGUGUGCAACCGACAUAGCUUUCGCCAGGACUCCAUGUGGGUGGUGAGCUACGUGGUGCUGGGGAUCCUCGCGGCUGUGCAGAUUGGGGGCACUCUGGCAGCCCAACCACACAGCCCCUCUGCCGGCCUCUGGUGCCCUGUGUUCUUUGUCUACAUCACCUACACGCUCCUACCAAUCCGUAUGCGAGCUGCCGUCCUCAGCGGCCUGGGCCUCUCCACCCUACAUCUCAUCUUGGCCUGGCAGCUCAACCGUAGUGAUGCCUUCCUCUGGAAGCAGCUUGGUGCCAAUGUGCUGCUGUUCCUCUGUACCAAUGUCAUUGGCAUCUGCACACACUACCCAGCCGAGGUGUCUCAGCGCCAGGCCUUUCAGGAGACUCGCGGUUACAUCCAGGCACGGCUGCAUCUGCAGCAUGAGAAUCGGCAGCAGGAGCGGCUGCUGCUGUCGGUGUUGCCCCAGCACGUUGCCAUGGAGAUGAAAGAAGACAUCAACACAAAAAAAGAAGACAUGAUGUUCCACAAGAUCUAUAUCCAGAAACACGACAACGUCAGCAUCCUGUUUGCAGACAUUGAAGGCUUCACCAGCCUGGCAUCCCAGUGCACUGCACAGGAGCUGGUCAUGACCCUGAACGAACUCUUUGCCCGGUUUGACAAGUUGGCAGCGGAAAAUCACUGCCUGAGGAUCAAGAUCUUAGGGGACUGUUACUACUGUGUGUCAGGCCUGCCGGAGGCCCGGGCAGACCACGCCCACUGCUGCGUGGAGAUGGGGGUGGACAUGAUCGAGGCCAUUUCGCUGGUGCGUGAGGUGACAGGUGUGAACGUGAACAUGCGUGUAGGCAUCCACAGCGGGCGUGUGCACUGCGGCGUCCUUGGCCUGAGGAAAUGGCAGUUCGACGUGUGGUCCAACGACGUGACCCUGGCCAACCAUAUGGAGGCAGGGGGCCGGGCUGGUCGUAUCCACAUCACUCGGGCCACACUGCAGUACCUGAAUGGGGACUACGAGGUGGAGCCAGGCCGGGGCGGCGAGCGCAAUGCGUACCUGAAGGAGCAGCACAUUGAGACCUUCCUCAUCCUGGGCGCCAGCCAGAAACGGAAAGAGGAGAAGGCCAUGCUGGCCAAGCUGCAGCGGACGCGGGCCAACUCCAUGGAAGGGCUGGUGCCGCGCUGGGUGCCAGAUCGUGCCUUCUCCCGGACCAAGGACUCCAAGGCCUUCCGCCAGAUGGGCAUUGAUGACUCCAGCAAAGACAACCGGGGCGCCCAAGAUGCCCUGAACCCUGAGGACGAGGUAGAUGAGUUCCUGGGCCGGGCCAUCGAUGCCCGCAGCAUCGAUCAGCUGCGCAAGGACCACGUGCGCCGGUUCCUGCUCACCUUCCAGAGAGACGAUCUUGAGAAGAAGUACUCACGGAAGGUGGAUCCCCGCUUCGGAGCCUACGUUGCCUGUGCCUUGUUGGUCUUCUGUUUCAUCUGCUUCAUCCAGCUCCUCGUCUUCCCGCACUCAACCCUGAUGCUUGGUAUCUACGCCAGUAUCUUCCUGCUGUUGCUGGUCACUGUGCUGAUCUGCGCGGUGUACUCCUGUGGUUCUCUGUUUCCUAAGGCCCUGCAACGACUGUCCCGCAGCAUUGUCCGCUCACGGGCACACAGCACUGCAGUCGGCAUCUUUUCAGUCCUGCUUGUAUUCACUUCUGCCAUUGCCAACAUGUUCACCUGUAACCACACCCCCAUACGGACCUGUGCUGCCCGGAUGCUGAAUUUAACACCUGCUGACAUCACUGCCUGCCACCUGCAGCAGCUCAAUUACUCCCUGGGCUUGGAUGCUCCCCUGUGUGAGGGCACCGCACCCACCUGCAGCUUCCCUGAGUACUUCGUCGGGAACAUGCUGCUGAGUCUCUUGGCCAGCUCUGUCUUCCUACACAUCAGCAGUAUUGGGAAGUUGGCCAUGAUCUUUGUCUUGGGGCUCAUCUAUUUGGUGCUGCUUCUGCUGGGUCCCCCAGCCACCAUCUUUGACAACUAUGACCUGCUGCUUGGCGUCCAUGGCUUGGCUUCUUCCAAUGAGACCUUUGAUGGGCUGGACUGCCCAGCUGCAGGGAGGGUGGCACUCAAAUAUAUGACCCCCGUGAUUCUGCUGGUAUUUGCGCUGGCACUGUAUCUGCAUGCCCAGCAGGUGGAGUCAACUGCCCGCCUGGACUUCCUCUGGAAACUCCAGGCAACAGGGGAGAAGGAGGAGAUGGAGGAGCUCCAGGCGUACAACCGGCGGCUGCUACACAACAUUCUGCCCAAGGACGUGGCCGCCCACUUCUUGGCCCGGGAGCGCCGGAAUGAUGAGCUCUACUAUCAGUCGUGUGAGUGUGUGGCUGUUAUGUUUGCCUCCAUUGCCAACUUCUCAGAGUUCUAUGUGGAGCUGGAGGCAAACAAUGAGGGCGUCGAGUGCCUGCGACUGCUCAAUGAGAUCAUCGCUGACUUUGAUGAGAUCAUCAGCGAGGAGCGGUUCCGACAGCUGGAGAAGAUCAAGACGAUUGGCAGCACCUACAUGGCUGCCUCCGGGCUGAACGCCAGCACCUACGAUCAGGUGGGCCGCUCCCACAUCACGGCCCUGGCCGACUACGCCAUGCGGCUCAUGGAGCAAAUGAAGCACAUCAAUGAGCACUCCUUCAAUAAUUUCCAGAUGAAGAUCGGGCUGAACAUGGGCCCAGUCGUGGCAGGCGUCAUUGGAGCUCGGAAGCCACAGUAUGACAUCUGGGGGAACACAGUGAAUGUUUCUAGCCGGAUGGACAGCACAGGGGUCCCUGACCGAAUCCAGGUGACCGCGGACCUGUACCAGGUUCUAGCUGCCAAGGGCUACCAGCUGGAGUGUCGAGGGGUGGUCAAGGUGAAGGGCAAGGGAGAGAUGACCACCUACUUCCUCAAUGGGGGCCCCAGCAGUUAGCAGGGUCCAGCUACAAAUUCAGCUGAAGGGACCAAGGUGGACACCGAGUGGACUCUGCUCUCUGGGUGGAACUGUGGCCAGGGGCACUGUGCCUCCAGACCCUGCUGACUGCAAAAGGGAACACCCAGCAGGCUGGACGAUGCUCGUCUGCUCUUGGGCUGGCAAAUGAGGGCCUAUCAAGAGGAUUAUGCAAGUGAUGUUCUUUUUAAACUAGGGGUUCCCUCUCCUUUCUUCCAGCUUUCCAGAGCUGAGGAGGGGGCAGCAGCAAAAGUGGGGGAGCC